GAGUGUCUGAACAGAUCGUUUGGAUAUUACAGUGCAUGUAUUCUGACCAGUGCGGCGAGGCACAGCCGCCGGAUCUGAUCUGGUUGGACAUUGGCAUCGCAAGAUUUAUCAUCAUCACCUACGUCAGUUUGACUGUGAAUGGCGACGUUUGCUUCGCACUUUGCUUGGUCCACCACCCGGCGUCGAUUGGAGUUUGCCAUGGCAUGAGAUUUUGCACCUUUGGAACGAGCGCGUGCGUGACUUCCAACAACGGCUUCAUUUGCAAAGCUGGUCUGAAACAUGCCUCAAGCAUUACUGGAGAUUUGCUCGUCAUGUGA